AUGGACUCACGAGACGAGACGAUAUCGCGGGUUCCCGUCGAUACAACAGAAACUUCGAAACAGCAGCACUUUUCCAAUGAAAAGCAAGCACACGAUCGAGAGCAUGGCCUCUAUGAAGAGCCCAACGCCUCUCUUCCCGCCACCAUCAACGCCGCCUACGACUGGACCGGCCCCGACGACCCAGACAACCCUCGCAACUUCUCCGCCUCGCUCCGCGUCUUCAGCACCAUCGCCAUCACCAUGCUCGCCAUGAUCGGCACAGUCGCUGGGUCCAUGUAUGCUCCCGCCCAAGACGCCGUCGCCUCGUCCUUCCGCUGCAGCCGCAUCGUCGCCGUGCUUCCCCUUUCGCUGUACAACCUCGGCCUUGCAUUCGGGCCCAUGGUUGGCGCGCCUCUUUCCGAGACGUAUGGCCGCAAGUCUGUGUUUCUGAUCUCGACGCCCGUGUUCGUGCUGUUCAUGCUCGGAUCGGGCUUCAGUCGCUCGGUGGCUGGGCUGACGGUCUGUCGGUUCUUCGCGGGCGUCUUUGCUUCGCCAUUGAUUAACAAUGCGCCUGCGACGCUGCUCGACUUUACGCCGCCGCGGUACAGGGGCGUGAGUUUGGGAGGAUACUACGCCGUGCCGUCCUUUGGAGCGGCCUUGGGGCCUUUGAUAGGAGGGUUUGUUUUGCUUGUCAAGCCAUGGCAGUGGACGCAAUGGAUCUCCAUCUUCAUCACGGUUGCGUUCUACAUCCCUGUGUGCUUCACGCGCGAGACCUACAAAAAGGUCAUUCUCAAACGGCGAGCCACGCGUCUGGGCCUACGAGACUCGGCCUCACAGCGGACUUCCCCCGGACGAGCGUUUCGGCAUUUCUUCACUACGCUGAUCCAGCGGCCGCUGCACAUGCUUUUCACGGAGCCGAUUGUUACCCUCGUGAGCGUCUACAACGGGUUCUUGUUUGGGCUUUUGUACACGUUUGUCGUGUCUGUGCCUUGGAUAUUCAGGCACUACUACGGAUGGUCGGUGGAGAGCGAGCCGCUGUCGUAUCUGGGGCUGAUGUGCGGCACGGCGGCCGCGGCGGCGCCCCUGAUUGUGAUUGACCUGCGGUAUUAUCAGAGGCGGUUGACGGCGUGGCAGAUGGAUCACGACGAGGACGAGCCUUUGCCUUCCGAGAACCGCCUCAUGUCUGCUCUGAUAGGAAGCGUCAUGCUGCCGAUUUGUCUGUUCGUGGUGGGCUGGACGGUGCAAUUCCGCGUGCACUGGAUGGUGCCGAUCAUCUUCCAGGGCCUCGUCAUGCUGUCGUCGCUGCUGGUCUACGCGGGGGCCAACCUCUUCAUGCUGGACGCGUACGGCCCGCUGUACGGGGCGUCGGCGUCGGGCGCGAUGAUGUUCAGCCGGUACUUGCUCUCGGCGGCGUUUCCGCUGUUCGCGCUGCGCAUGUAUGAGAGUCUUGGGGCCGGGUGGGCGACGAGCGUUCUUGGGUUUGUGACGUUGGUGAUGGCGCCGAUACCGUGGUUCUUUAGGGCGUUUGGGGAGAGGUUGAGGGGGAGGAGUAAGUAUGAGAUGAGUACUUAG